AUGUUGUACUCCUUUAUUCUUAUCUCUAUCCGCAUCAUGGAGUUUGUUAUGAACUGGGGUUCUUUAAUCCCUAGCAUGGCAGUUACCAAUGCGCUUCACAAUACCAACCCACAGCCGCUUCUCUGUGGUACUGCCACGCACAAUUACUCGGAACGACCAAUAACCAUGAAAGAUUUGAGAAUGAAUGCUUUCGAAGGCAUCAUUAAUGACGGGUUUUGCUCACUCGACGGGGCGGAAAACUCCGAUCUAGAAGCCCCCCACGCCGAUGAAAGCGUCUCCAAAGAGAAGAACCAAGUCUGUAACUACGAUGGUGAAAGUCUUUGCAUGUCGCCAUCAAAGCCUGACGAUCAGGUGUGUUGGACUUUUGCUAUGGACUGUGACGUCUCCUUGGUAGACGGAUACUCUGCUUCAGACGUUGCAAACUCCAAGGAGACCGAUGAAACGGGCCUCGAAGAUGAAGAGGCUCCUGAAGCACAGAAUAACGACAUCGGCGAAAUCCCAAGUCUCAACAGCUUGGUGGGCUCUAUCCAACCUGAUGGCCUCACCUUCAAAUACCCUCCUGACUUGCAAACCAUGAUCUGGAUGGAGAGCGGUCUAAGUAAGGUUGAGCAACAUAAGGGUAACGAUCCAUUUCUCGAGUUCAUGUCACUCUAUUUUUCUAUGGUCUCCACUAUCGGAGGUGUCAUUGGCUAUGUGGCAGCGAUCGCCGAUAUGCCAGAGGUUGCUGAUGCGGCAGCCAACCUGGGAUUCAUAGUGACUGUGGGAAAUAUCAUAUUGGAAGUCUGUUCCACUCUCGAAGACCCAGCAAAUUCACGACUGGGUUGCUUAGCCCGCUUUUUGUGGCAGAUUUGGUUAAUGAUAAGAGCAUGA